AAUACAAGAUAGCAAUGUAUUUGCAGUUUAACACCCAUAUCACACGUGUGUUUUUUUUUCUUGCGCAUCAAGGAUAUUGAAUAUUAAAAAAAUAAUAAUUAAAAAGUAAAUAACUAUCUGAUGUAUAAAUAAUAUAAUCAAAAAUCCAUAGUUUUGAUAUUGAAAUAUAUAUAAAACAAGAGCUAAACUAGGGUAAAAAAAGACAACCCGGUUUGGCCGGGAAUUGAAGCACGUAGACAUUGUUGUCGUAGUGCUUAACGAUGUACAAACAGUUUUGUGUAUGGCGGCUUCUAGUUGAUAAAAAUAUUUUCAUUUAUUAAUAUAUUUACCUAUAGAUAAUAAAAAAAAAAUAACUAAAUAUUAUUUUUUAUUAUUGAUGAGUAAUUGAUAAGAAUGGCUGAUAUUGAAAUACCAGUGGAUACUGCUGUAAAUAAUGCUGGUGAGAAGGUUGAAAGUGUCAGUACAACUGAUGAUCAAGAUGUCCAGGAACAGAAGCCGGACUUAUGUGUCACUGCAACAACAGAACCAUCGUUACUGGAAGACGAAACUAUGCCGUCUUAUUUGAGUGUAACUACUAGUACAAUAUCUUCUGCUAAGCCGGAUGACCUGAAGACAACUCAGGUUGCUGAUGAUUUACCAGCAGAUAACGCAAGUAAUGGAGAUGAUAAGAGUGUUUAUGAAGUUUCAUCUGAUGACGAAAAUGAUCGACAGUAUUAUCGUAAUAAUCGUGAAGAUGAUAAUGAUGACUUGCGUUUGAAUGAAGCAAAAAGAGCGAGAUAUUAUGAAGAUAAUAGAAGACGAUACCACAGUGAUUCAGAGGAAGAUGAUGAUGAAGACGAUGAUGAGGAAGAUGAUGAUGAGGAAGAUGAAGAUGAUGAAGACGAGGAAGACGAUGAUGAGGAACUUGAAAAGUACAAGAGGUAUGACAGGUCUGAAGAUGAAUAUGAAGCGGAUAAAUUUGAAAGAUCAUCGGAUGAUUAUGUAAUUAGACCUAGCGCUGUAUUGGAUAAAAAUAGUAAAAAACGUAGCGCGUCUAUGGAGGAACUGAGUCCGAGGAAAAGAACUGAGAAAAAUAAUAAAAGACAGGCGCUGCCUUCGCAUUUUGAAGAGUUGUCAGGACAUCCUGAGAUAAGUCUUAUUUGUAAUUCGCGUAGAAAUUCGUUUGGUCGCAAGAAUUAUAAUCAUGUACCGAGUAAAGUUAAGCAGUACAUCCAGGAUGGUCAGGAGCGGAGAAGACUGUCUGCUCAGCGUAGAUCUAUUGAGAAAGUAAAUGUUGACUGUAAGGGAUCGGAGAAUGAUAAAGAUAUUGAUGAAGGUACGGAUAAUUUGCGAUUGAAUCCUCAGUGUAAACUUAUAAAAAAUUAUGCCGAGUUUGCACUUAAAACUGCUAUCGUUGAAGACCCUCUGAGUAUCGUUGAAGUUGACGUAAAAAAUAUUGUAACAGAAAAUGGGAAUAAUAAUGCAGUAGAUGUUAAAAAUAAUGGCCAGGAUAAGGAAGAAGCAAAAAUGGAGAUUGAAGUUGAGGAUGAUGACGAUGAUGAUGAUGAUCAUAUUGAAGAAAAUUCGAAAAAUGUUAAUUCAAAUAAACUGGUUGAUAAAGUAAACGGAGUGAUUGAACAUUCCAGUGGUAAUCAAGAAGAAGAUGCGAAAAUCUAUCAAGAAGAUGAAGAAGAAAUAGAUCAGCCGGAAAAUUUGAUUGAGAAAAACCCAGUAGCAAUUUUAAGUGUUCAAACUUUGACAAAAGAAGAAUUUGCUAGGAACGAUUAUGAAAAUAAUGAGAGCGAGAUGAUAAGUUUGAAUGAGAACCAUGUCGAGAAAGAAGAAAGUGAAAUAACUAUUAAGCCUGUCAAUGUUUUGCCAAUAAUUUCUCAGGUUGUUGAAGAACAAGAAAUUAACGAGGUGAUGGAUGAGGAAUUGUCAGUUAAGCAGGAAUAUGAGAAUACUGUGAGAGAAUUGAUGUACCAGCUUCAGCAAAAGAAUACUGACUGCGCUAAAAUGGGCCAGGAAUAUCAGAGAGUUGUGAGGGAGACCGCUGAGUUGACGAAAGAGGCUAGCAAUUUAAGAAAGGCUUUGGAGUAUCAGCAAGAGAUUCAGCAGCAGCAACUACGAUCUUUGCAGCAGCAGCAACAGCAAAUGCAAGAGCAACAGCAUCAAAUUCAAGAGCAACAACUUAAAAUACAAGAGCAACAGCUUAAAAUCCAAGGACAACAGCAGCAGAUACAGGAACAACAAGAGCAAAUACAAGGACAACAACAGCAGAUACAAGAACAGCGACAGCUACUGGAUCAGCAUAAAGCAAAAGAAGUUAAAUCUGUAGCAAUUCAAACUGAAGAUCAACCAAAGAAAAUGAUACACUCAAGUACUAGAGUUAAUUUAAUCCCACCGAGUAACAGCGCAUCCACUGCUACUGCAGGAUCGACCAUGAGUUCGAUUGAUCAGUGGACAGAUAGCGAGUACAGUCCAGUAGUUUCCUUGAAGCCGCCUAAUAUCGAUCACUUGCUCAACUCUGAUGUUAGUAUGAUAAAUUCUGAAACUGAUACAAAUCUCCAGAAGAAAUCAACUAACACGACAACGGCAGCUACACCAGCAGCAGCAACACCACCAGCAACUUCACGUGCUAUGCUCACAACAACGCGUAUUAUUCAAACACUGGCGCGUAUGACUCCAGGAAAGCCGAAUCCGAACGCCAGUGAGGAUCAAGGUCAGUCGAAAGACCCAAUCAGUCCGUUGAUAACCAAGGAUAACAAUAGUAGAAAGCGCAAAGCCUCGGAAUCUUUUGGAACAUCUGAUAGCGGACCCCAACCAUUUAAAAUUCCCUUUAUCACUAUCAAUGAUGCACACAAGAAAUUCAAUUCGCAUUCUGACACAGAUGCUGCUGUCAAAUCCUCUGGCGCAUCUCAUGAGUCUGCUGCUAAACAGAGUGGACUUAACUCUACUGGUCAGGAGAAAAGUAGCCAGCAGGUUAAUGACGGGGAGGCUGAAGAUGAUGAUGUCAAGUGUAUCAUUUGGCAUGAGGAUGAAGUCACUAAGCAGCGUAGCUGUCUCAUUCAGGCCGCUGUUCCGCCAGAGGAAUCGGCUAAGAUGAAAGGAAAGCUGCGUCACUGCGGUCCUUACUUGCUUGGUAAUGUUGAAGUUAGAAUUUCUGAAGCUAAUGGAACUCUUAAUAUUUAUGGAAAAGAGGUAAGUCCUUUUUCAAGCGCUGAAGAACUUGACGAGGAGACAGAAGAAAUUAAUAGUUGCGAGCAUGUCUGGCCGAAAAUGUCUGAUAAAAAUGGUGUCAAUUUCUUCUCUCCAAUAAAUAAAAAAUCUAAGACACCAUCAUCAAUGCGCACUGGUAUUUCUAAAUUAAGAUCAAUGCUCACUCGCACUCCGUCACCUGUUAAUGACAAUGAAGAGAGCCCGUGUUGUUCGAGCAAUCAACGGGGAGUAAAGUACAAAAAACGUAGCCACGUUUCUUCAUGCAAUAAUCACUCGAGUCAUUCAUUAGAUAAAACAUACUGCUGCCUUCAUAAAGGCGAAGUAAAUAUUGGAGAUUGUGGAUUUAAUAAAGACGAUGACAUGAGGGAAGAUAAUAUGCACAGUUUGUUUGACAUGACAAGGAAAAUUAUUGGCCGUGAAUCUUCCCGCCCUUCGUCACCGCAUGGUCAUAUCGACUCUCGUACUUUCAUUAAGAAUCCAAGAAUUGAUGAUCCUUGCAGACACUCCUCACGUCGGUGCAGUUACAGCGAGACUGAUGACACUUAUCAACGCGACUGCAAGUCAUGCUAUCAUUCAUCUGUAGCUUGUCAUAAUCAAGACAAUUCUUUCUAUCAAGAAUUUAAAAGCCCUCGUAAUGUUAAUCCAUUCUGUACUAAUUUUCCGAAGAGCGAAGUUUUCAUUCCUCCUGGAAAAGUUGAAACUCCUGAGGUUAAAAAACUUCGUGACAAGGGUAGAAAAGUUCGGACAAUAAUGGAAUUUUUAAAGAGUUGUGGAAAUUCACACACUACAAGUUUUGAAUCUAGUUUUAUUCCCGAAACUGUAACAACUGCCCAGUCAAAUCCAAGCAUGCGAUUUAACUCAAUACCUUCGUCUACUUCAUGCCAGAAGCAAGCAAAUUCAUCUUGUCAAAAAUGCUGUCCAUCGUGUGAAAAACGCAUCGGAAUAGCUUCAGAAAUGGAGUCGGAGUUGGAAAAAAUUCGCUCUGAAAUCACGAAACUCUACUCGAAGUCCGAUGCGAUGCGUGAAAUGCUUAAUAUUCUGCGUUCAGUUGAAAACUAAACUAUCAUUUUAAAAAAAUAAUAAGAGCUUAAAUAAGUUUCUACGUACAUAUAAUUAAGUCUACUUUCUGCUCAUGAUUUUAAACAAAUAUAAAUAUAUAUAAUAUAAUAUGAAAAAACAAUAGACCACCGUAGACAGUCAAAUCUGUUGGUUGCAUUAAAGAAAUGCAAUUUUCUAUAUUAUUUUCUUUUUUUUUUUUAUAAAUGGUUUCCAAGUUUAAGAAUUUUCUUUAUGUUAUGUAUAAAAUGAAUUUAUCAUAAAUCUAUAAAAAUUUU